GAAAUCCGAGUCUAUAAGAGCCGCGGUGCAGCCAGGAACCAGUUCUACAGUGCAGACGGAUCCAGCAGAUGAACAUCAUGGCUCAGAAGACUGUUCUGAUCGUGUUCGCCCACCAGAGUUCGGGUUCAUUUAAUGCGGCGGCGCGUGACAUAGCAGUGCAGGAGCUGACAGAGCAGGGCUACAAGGUCGUCGUGUCCGACCUGUACGCCAUGAACUUCAAAGCCAGCGCCACACAGGACGACAUCAUCGGCGACCUGAACAAGCCAGAGCUUUUCCAGUAUGGAGACGAGACGAUGCGCGCCUGGCAGGAGGGCCGCCUCACUGACGACAUCGUAGCCGAGCAGCGCAAAGUAGAAGAGGCCGAGUUAAUCAUCUUCCAGUUUCCUGUGUACUGGUUCAGCGUUCCUGCCAUCCUGAAGGGCUGGAUAGACCGGGUUCUGACACAAGGCUUCGCGUUCUCCCUGAAAAACAUGUACAGUAACGGUAUAUUCAAGGAUAAGAAAGCAAUGUUGUCCUUCACUACUGGAGCAGCACAGUCGAUGUUCAAGCCUGACGGGAUCAACGGAGACAUCAACGUCACGCUGUGGCCUCUGCAGAACGGCACUCUGCACUUCUGUGGAUUUCAGGUUCUUGCUCCUCAGAUAUUCUGGAGUCCGGCUCACUCCCCCCUAUCGGCGAGAACCGCAAUGCUGGACGGGUGGCGAGCACGAUUGAAAGGACUGUUGGCAGAAAACCCUUUGAGCUUCGCCCGCACUGAGCUCUUUGACCUCAGCUUCCAGGGCGGGUUUGCGCUGCGGCCCGAGGUGAAGGAGGAGCAAGAGUCGCAGCCCUAUGGCCUCACCACAGGACACCAUCUGGGGAAGCCGCUGCCGCCUGACAACCAGAUCAAAGCUCCCCCGUCCGAUGAAAGUGCCUAACCAGACGGGAAACCUUCUCUUCGCUAAUGAACCUUUAAACUCAUCCAUAUAUGUAACAAGGUCACUUUAAUAACAAAAUACAGGAUUUUAUUAAUACUUUGUUUACUGAAGCUGAAAUAAAAGUAUUUAUAACAAUGA